GGCGGUAUUCACGGACACCUCGUCCACUCAUUGUUGAGCAGAUAGAGACGAAAAUGGCGGCCGCAGCACCUAUGAUACCGAUCUUUGGGCAGCAGAUUUCUAUUAAUAACGACAUGGUUCCGGACUGGACAAGAGAGGAAGUCAGCACUGGGACCACCAUCAUGGCGGUGGAGUAUGAUGGAGGAGUUGUGAUUGGAGCUGACUCUCGGACCACCACAGGAGCUUACAUCGCCAACAGAGUGACGGACAAACUGACUCGGAUCCACGACAAGAUCUACUGCUGCAGGUCUGGAUCGGCUGCAGACACUCAGGCCAUCGCUGAGGUGGUCUCCUACCAGCUGGGCUUCCACAGCAUCGAGCUGGAUGAGCCCCCCCUGGUGGAGACGGCAGCCAACCUGUUCAGAGCCAGCUGCUACCGCUACAGAGAGGAGCUGAUGGCGGGGAUCCUGGUGGCCGGCUGGGACCGCAGGAAGGGAGGACAGGUGUACUGCGUUCCUAUUGGUGGGAUGUUGGUCCGUCAGCCUGUGGCGGUGGGCGGCAGCGGCAGCACCUACGUCUACGGUUUCAUGGACUCCAACUACAAACCAGGACUAAACAAGGACCAGUGUCUGGAGCUCGCUGCGUCAGCUCUGUCUCUGGCCAUGGAGAGGGACGGCUCCAGUGGUGGCGUCAUCAGACUGGCCACCAUCUCUGAGGAGGGGGUGGAGCGUCGGGUUAUACUGGGAAACCAGCUGCCCAAGUUCUCCACUCACUGAGCAUGCUCAGUUCGUCUGUUUAUGAUGUGUUAAUAAAGGUUUCAGUCCAUCAA